AUGCUGACAAGGCAACCUGACUUGGACCUCAUGUCGACUUAUGAGAUUAGGAAUUGGAGAAAGGAAGAGGUAAAACGAAUACGGCUUUUGCCACCAGAGGAUAACGAAGAUAAAACUGCGGAAAUAAGAGUGAUGACAGCAGCAGAAGUACAAGACUAUCUUGUCACCAACUGCAAAACUCUCGUUAUGCUCCAAUCCAGACUAUUGAAGAUGUCAGCUCUGCAGAAGAUCGAGACCGGGUACGUCCAGUUGCUUCAAAUCCAUGCAUACGUCAAGCUGAAUGAAACGGGAAAACUGAAGCCGUUUCUGAAGGAAUGUAUGAAUCAGAAUGGGCCAAAUUUCAUCAACCGCCUCAUCAAAUACAUCUCACAAGUCUGUUAUGAUGUUUCGGAUAGUAAGCAGAUCAGAAAAUGGAGCAAUAUGAUGGCUAACCUUACUAUGGAAUAUGAUUGGUUGCGUGCAUUCAACGGUUCAGUGCUUGCUUCUCCAGAUAAAGAAGCUUCUAUCCUUGGCACUUGCAUUCUGCUCCUUCCAAAUCCAUCCUCCAAACAUGCUACUCGCGUGUUUGCUUCAAUGGCUAAGGAGGAGAAAUUGCCGGGAUGUUUUGAGCUGUUGACAAAGCGUGCUUUCAAAUAUAUCAGUAGCUCGGCAUUCGUCGCAUCUGAUAUCGAAAUUGUGGCCGCAAAGUAUCUCAAGGAACGAUAUGCUGAAUGUUGGGAGUGGAAACGAAAAAACAAAAGAAAGUUCAAUUCUGGACAAGCUGGGCAGCAAAUGCUAAUUGAGAGGACUUUCCAAAUUGCAAAGAAAGCAUUCGGAAUUAUAAAAUCAUCAGACACAGAUGCUGCUCAAAAGCUUCUCGAUAACCCACAUGUCCAAUUGGAACGACCAUCCGACUUGUUCAUCGAGUACUUCCUCCAAUACACCAAACUCGGAAUGUUCAAUUUUGAGAAUGGUGACAAGUUGAUGGCCUGGAACUACUACUACGACGACCGCUGGUGUGGGUACGACAGGAGUGAUCUGUUUGGUGUGAAACCCUACAUCACUGAAGGAUUCCACUGGUUCGCUGACUUUAAAUACGCUGGUACAAUCAAACAACACCCUCACACCACGAAUUUGUACAUCUGUGCAAAAGUAUACGAGUGGAUGACUGGUGACGAGGAAUUAUAUGAAAGAUUGAUGAACGAGUAUGUGAAUGAAGACCUGGUUCAGUCAUUUGCCAUCUCACUAUCGUUUGCUGGAUAUUUCAAGUUGAUGAUCAGACUCUACGAUGAAUUCAACGAUAGAAUAAAGUCUCCUCAUGGAAAACUGUGUCUCGCACUGUGUUACAUGUACAGUUGUGCAAAAGAAGCAAUGGCGACCGAAGCACUCAAAACAUGGGUCACAGUCAUGGAAAUCGCAGUCAACUUCGAGUUCUUGCAUACCCUCGAAUUCCCAACAAACAGCUUCCCACUCCCAUAUUUUGUUGGAAUGAAAAAUGCUGGCCAGUUUGCAUGCCGUCUUCUUCGUAACUGCUUGUGGACGUCAGCCAUGAAGCUUGGAACCGAAGGAUGGAAAAAGUAUGGGCUCAUCAUCCUGCAUCUGUGUGAUUCUCUCGAGACCUCAUUCCUCAACCACAACAUGAUGCGGAUCAUGUUUCAGAAAAUAGACUUGAAAGAUAUGCACCUCAUUGUUCAACCAGCGCUUGCCAAAUGCUUACGCCAGCAUCAUAACUAUUGGGACUGUCUCCAGAUUGCCAGAAGUCGGGAAUUCGAAAUUCCAGAAAGUUGCCUAAAAGUGAACCUUCUGCCCGAAAGGAAAAGAAAAAUUUCCCCGAAACUAAAAGAAGAAAACGAAGAAGAGACGGUUGGGUUCUUGGUGGUCUACAACAAACUCAGAGAACUCGACGAGAUCUUCUAUGGCAUUGUGCCAGACGUUCCAAUGAACUUCUUCAGAGAUGUUCAGGAGGAAAAGAUGAAUGCCAUCCCUGACUUGCCAGCAGAAUCUCAAGAAUACUUCAAACAAGUUGUGGAGUACAAUCUGGAGGAAGCUCGAGUGUUGGAGAACAAGAAGAGAGAGAUGGAACAAAUGGAAAGCGACGAGUUGAAAGAGCUUCUCGAGAAACUUGCCAAGUACUAUGACGGAGGAGAGCCGGAUUAUGAGAGUUCCGACAACGAGAGCGAGAAGGACGACAGCGAGCCGGAGCCGGAGGUUGAUUCAGAUGUUUUCGAUGAAGAAGAAGAAGAAGAAUAUGACUAUGCGAGAACUUAUAGUGCGUAUAAGAAAGGAAGUGGCAGCGAGAGUGAUGGAGAAACGGAUGAAGACUCUGUUAGCUCUGAAUGUUCUUCACCGGAUUACAAGAGAGAAGUGCAAUAUGACUAUAACUAUAGAAUAGAAGCAAGCAAUCCAACGGACCUCAGUGAUGCAUUUGGAUUGGCGGAGUUCAGAAAGUAUCAGCCGGUGCGCUUUCAAACUGUGCAGCAACUUCUAAAAGUGGUUGACAAAGAAAAUGAGGAGAAAGAAGAAACGGAUGGUCAAAAGGAUGAAGAUCAAAAGGAUCAAAAAGAAGAAAAAGAAGACCAAGAAGUCGAAGAAGACCACAAAAUGGAAGAAAGUCCGGAAGAACGAGUAGGAAUUGAACAAAAGGCAGCUGAAGAAAGUUUUUCAAGAAAGUUUGCUCAAUACCUAGCCAGAGAUGCAUUGCCAUUCGUGAUUCUACCUAAAAGCGAGGAUGAUGAUGACGACGUUUUUGACAUGGAUGACAUAGAUGAGCAGUUUGCUGGGGAAAGAGAAGAAAAUAAAAGAAGAUAUAAAAGAAAACGACGAUAUGUGGCGGAAGAGGACGAUGACGAUUCUGAUGAAUGUUAUGAUGAUGAUGAUGAUGUGGCGGCAGAAGUUGAUAUAGUCAAACAUGAAAAAUCGUUUGACAAUAAAUCUUUGGCAAGUGAGAUUUUUGGAGAUAAUCUGGAAGAUUUCUCAGGUGAAAACUUGGAAGAUGUCUCGUUUGAAGAGCAACCGUCCGAAGAUAUUCGAACUGAGCAGGACCAAGAGUACUCGUAUGACCAGCAGGAGGACUACUCGGAAGCAAAUUUGGAAGACCUCUCGGAAACUUUGGAGGGAGAAGAUGAAGAGCAGGAGGAUGAGGCUGAAGCUCAAGAAGAGGAAAUGGAAACGAGUGAAAAUUGA